AUGGACCACAAACUGUUGCGAGAUCUAGUGCUAUUAUCUUUGUUAACCUCUCUCUACAUGCUUUUUGGCGCGGUUGUGUUUCAAACGUUGGAAAAUCGCCUUGGGGAAGACCUUAUCACCAAGAACUUGACGGAGUCAUUAGAAAAAGACCUACUGCAAAAGUUCAAUACAACAAGGCAAGAAUUGGUGAUGAUUUUAGCUCGUGUGAGAGAGAUUGUUGACAAAGAAAGCAAUGCCCAGAAGACAGAGUGGACUCUUUAUUCAUCGCUUUAUUUUGUUGGGUCAGUUAUAACCACUAUAGGUAAGUUAAAAAGAAAUUUAGUUCAAUAAUCGUCCUGAAGGCUUAGUAUUCGAUGGUCCGUAACAAAGCUAGACAGAGUUUGAAAUGUCUAGAAAAAUUUAUUUCAGUUUCAUUUUUCUUGCGAUAAAGCACAACCAAAGAAAGUUAAAUCUUCUAUCGUUUUCAGGCAAGUUCACUGGGGCGUAGCAAAGGGGUGGUCCUGGGGUGCUCAUGACUCUCCCCCACCCCACCCCUUUGUGAAAUAAUUGUUUUAUGUCCCUAUAAUUCAGGUGGCCAAAACGCAUCCGAAUCUGAAGAAUCAACAUGCCAUAAAUCUUUUCCAGUGCAAGACUGUUGCUUUCUCCAUUUUCAGGACCGAACAUAUGCAGUGGACCACGUUCUUGUUCGUAACUAAAACCAGGCUCCUUCUAAAACAGAGUAGUUUAUGCUGCAUGGAACUUAAUUAAUCUAUGCAGCUAUCCUGUAGGUUUGACCUCCCCCACAAUCGCUGCUUAUAUGAAAAAAGAAUGUCACUUUUAGUAAAACACGUCCUGGAUGUCGACAUGUCAAUCUGGCAGCUACCCUGGGUGUGACCCACCCUUUGAAAAAUCCCGCUAGCUACGCCCCUGUUUCAGAAUUUUUACAUUCAGCUAGCCGUGAACCGGUAUAACUUGUAUUUUUCGAAUCAGCCUAGCCAGCCCUGGUAACUCCAGAAAUCGACAGAAAGGAUCAGAGGCGUUAUUACUUUUGUCUUCCCUCUGAUUUUCUGAUUAUUUCUUAUUGAGAUUCUAUUUCAAUUCAAAAUAGACGGGUGUUAUUCCUUUUUUAUCUACAUCAAAACGUUUUUCAGUAAUGCUAAAUAUUUUCAGUCAUUAUUAUAUUACAGUUAACUCUAAAUCUAUUUUAAAAGACACUUCAGCUAUAAUUAAAGAAAGCUACUGUAGCCACCUCCCUAAAAUAGACAAGAGGAGCUGCCUUCUUGUAUGUUCUUUAUCUUCACUCUUACUGAGGUCAGUGACACUUCUCUAUAAGACAAGAACUUAAUGCCGGUUCUCAGAGAGUGAACUUUCAUUUAAUUUUCUUAAUCUGGUUUCUACAGGUUACGGUCACAUAUCGCCGCGAAAUGCAGCUGGACGUUUGUUCUGCAUAUUCUUUGCUAUUAUAGGAAUCCCACUCAACCUUCUUACUCUAAAGGCUCUUGGAGACGGAAUCAAUGAGCUUCUCACCAAACUGAUCACGAAUUUCGAGAGGAAAGUUCUCAAAAGGGAGCCAGUGCACCUUAAAAUAAAAACCAUGAUCUUCUCAGCCCUUCUGAUGGUACUAGAGUUGAUCUUGGGCGGAGUCUUGUACAAUUACACAGAAGAUUGGGACUUCUUGGCUUCUGUGUACUAUUGCUUCGUUGUAUUUAGCACCAUCGGAUUUGGCGAUCUGGUCCCGAAUCAAGGCCGAGCACCUACUGGAGAUUACCUAAUUGGUAUGAUAAUUAUGCGUGCUGUCUUGUUGAUCAUCGGACUGUCAACUCUUUCCAGUGUUUUAACAAGUGUUUUAUGCGCAGCAGAAGAAAUCAACUCGACUAUUCCCAAAUUCUGCUGUUUAAAGAAGAGGGGGAGAGUAGGGUCACUUUGCUUGCGGUCUCAGCAGUCACAUGAUGACAAUCUUAGUGACGUAAACAGCGAGCCAUCAGGAGCCUCGACAACCUAUCAGCUUGAUACCGAGUAA